CUCCUCCUCGCAAUAUAUCCUCCACCUGUAGUGCCAAUCUGCCAGCCAUUGUAUCAGUAUGGCAGCAAGAAACGCAAAGCCUCCACACCCAGCCAACAAAUGACUCAGGCGCCAGCCAAAAGAUACAGCUUGCAGCCGGAAACAGAUCAGUUUCCUUGCCUGGCACUGCAGCCAAAAUAUACAACUUUCAGCUGGAAACACACCAUCAAACAGCACGCCUCUCGCAUGCUGUCAAGUUCUUCUUCCUCACCAGCCAGCGGACGAGUAUGGCAUGCAGCCAGGACAUAGCAUGCAGCUUGAAACGGCAUCGGUUUCUUGCCGUGCUCGGCGACGCACCGGAGGGAGAUGUUAGGAUAUUGGGAUUGCUGUGGGCUGAAACGGGAGCCGGGAGGCGCUAGCACUUUCGGCCGGCCGGGGGUUUCGUCCAAUCCACCGGUUGUCUACUGCGUGAAUCUUGAGCUCAUGAGUCAUGGCGUGCACCGAAUUUCGCUUGCGAGGGACUCAAGAGAUGCCGAGAUUCGCAUGUAUAAAUGGCCGGCGCCUGCCGUCCCUGCUCCUCACCCAUCACCGUGUUCUUAGCUUCUUUUCUCUGCUUGCUGUCUGUUCUCUCGUAGAGGUGAGGCGAUCUUCUUCAAGUGUGGUGUUGUGCUGUUGCUGCUGGUUGUGUACCGCGAGGUCCCUGGCUAUGGAGGGAAGCAACGUGGCUGGAGGAGUAAAGAAGGAGGCUGUCGAUGCGGCAGCUCAGGGGACACCGUUGCUGAGGGCUGGAGGAGUAGUAAAGAAGGAGCCAGUGGACGAGCCUACGGACGCCGGGAAAGAUGAGCUCCGGCAUGAGGAGGCGGAAGCUAGCGCGGCGAAGAGGCGGAGGGAGGAGGAGUCGGGGGACGAGGCCGUGGGGGUGGGGAGGAAGAAGAGGCAAAGGGUGGUGGCGGAGGGGCUGUCGCUGGGCAGGGAGAGGAAGCGGGACGCCGAUCCGGCGACCCGGAGGACGACGACGGGAGCGGAUGCGACAGCGGCUGCGAUCGUUCCGCAAUGCCGGUGCAGCAUGCUGUUGUCCAUGCCGCCUCUCCAGCGCCUCCUGGAUGCGUGCCGCGACGUGUUCAAGGGCACCCCCACACCACCCUCGUCCAUCAUCGUCCCCUUUAUCUGCAGAUUAAUGGGGAGGAUUGGACCGCAUGACGUCGGGCUCAUGGACGAUCUCGACUACUUCCACAGGAUGAACGCUGCUGCUCGCCAAACCCCACCAAUCAUCACAUGCAAAACCAUUUACAGCUGCAGCAAUUUUACGAUCGCGGUCUUCUUCCUGCCACAGCGAGCGGUCAUGCCCCUCCACGACCACCCGGGCAUGACGGUGUUCAGCAAGGUUCUCAUCGGGUCGACGCACGUCGAGGCCUACGACUGGUUGCGUCCCCGCGUUUCCGGCCAGGGCUCGCCGGCGGCGAUGCUUGCAGAGAAGGUGCUGGACCACAACGUCACGGCGGCGUCCGACGCCUGGGUGCUAUUUCCGGACACCGGCGGGAACAUGCACCGGUUCGUGGUAGACGGGCACUGCGCAUUCCUCGACGUCCUCACGCCGCCCUACGCGCCGGCGGAGCAGAGGUCCUGCACUUACUACGAGGACUUGCCCUACGACGAACUCGACCCCUGUGCUGUGAGCAGUGGGUUAACGGAGGCGCAGAGGCGACGACAGCUAGCAUGGCUGCGGGAGGUCCCCCAGCCUAAGGACCUGAGGAUUGCCAACUUGCCGUACCAAGGCCCAAAGAUCUUCUAGGGUUGGCAGCUAGCAGAUCCCGUUUGGCAAAUUUCUAGCUCGGUUUAACUCUCUUAGCGGUGUUGAUAGAUCCGAAUCGUGCUUGUCCAAUGUCCUGUUAGAUAAGAAAUUGGCAGUGAUAUACGACGACGACGGUGCAAUCUUAUGAAGUAGACUUUGUAAUUGUGGUUGUCAUUGUACUAUAGCUAUUUUAUUCGUAGCUUCAUACCAUGCU